CCACCAUCUCCUUGUCUACUAGCAGCCGUCUAAGCCCCUUCGUUGUCCUCGUUCGUCGCUUUUCUCCCCGACGUUGCUGGGCAUCGCAGGGCCGUCUUUGUCCUUCCAGCUCUCCGUAAAAUCCACGCUCUUUUCUUUUCAACAUGCAUCUGGACUAUUUGUUGUAUCCGCGGCAGACGUCUGAUGGCUGUGUUUCGUGCCCCACCCCUGCUCCGUGCAACUGUGCUGCGAACGAACAGUGCUUCCAGAUAAGCAGGAGCUGUACGACCUGCAGCUCCAACAACUGCGUCCCGAUCGACACCUCAGGAUCGGGCUCUGGAGGCGGGGUCAGUAAAGGCGCCGUAGCUGGAGCAGUGAUUGGGUCCCUGCUGUUUCUGUGUAUCGCUGUUGCAGUAUUCUGGUGGUGGAGGCGUCGAAAUCUCGUUCCUAAGCAAGCGGAAGCUCCCACCGCGAAGGAUGUUCCGGCGCCUGCAGAGACGGUGCUCAAUCGUCCAGACCCCAUCGAGAAAACCUUUCCCUCUCCAACCGCACCACGGGAGGAAGCUGGCACGGUCAGGGUGUACUCAACCACCUCGAACUCCAUCAUCGAUCUCGAUCCCGAGUCUCGUGGGGCUUCGCGCACAGCUGCAACGGCUUCCCCUUACCAUUCCACGCGCGAUUCUGUCCAAUCAAAUCCGUUUGGAGAUGCACACUCAAUUCAAACCACGUCUACGGGCACUCACUCCACAAAUGUUAUCCCCAUCGCUCUCGUCCCUCCUAGAUCCGUGGGUUCAACAUCUCCUCAAUCUCCUUACGGUCUCCAGCAACAGCAGCAACAGGUGGCAGCGCCCAUGCGCCCGGACCGUUCUCCGAACAUGGAGCUUAAUAUGGAUCACUUGAACAUUUCAAGCGAUAACUUCACCACAGGAGAGCCGUCAGUUCGCUCCGGAGUUUCAGCUGUCUCCUCCAGGCAAUCCUAUAUGUCUGGUGCUAGUUACGCCAGUGACGUGCUCACAGAAGCUCCGACUAUUGUCACGCAGAGCCAGCGUCAGGUCUUUGGAAUCGUCAAGGCAGAGGUCGUACAAGCACCAGGAUCCUCCCCUGUAUCCCCCGACAGUCUCAAGGCAUCUUCUAUAGCCUCGCGUCCACCCGUCCGGUCACCUCUCGCAGCCACAUCUUUCGGCCCACAGGAUGUCCUGCGCGAGUCAGAAGAAGAACUAUCCGUUCCAACCAAUGGUGACCCCUUCGGCGACGAGCACUCUCCUGUUCGAGGUGAUUUCCGCAGUUCUGCGGCCACAUUUGGCACAACAUCCGACGCAGGAUCCGCAUGGACACCUGGUGUUCCCAGUCACCCAUGGUCGACUGGUGAUCACAAUUCGCGACCUAUCAGCAUCAGCACUCAAGCAGGGAGUAUCAUUGGUGCUGACAUCAGAGAUGCGACACGCGUUCAUCUUGGUUUCGUUCAACCAAUGUCCGCCUCAUUCGUUCCACCUACACCGGUCAGCAGCUCUGGUAUCAGCGGCGCCCGCAGUCUCUACAGAAUGACAAGCGGCAGACUGGUCACUCCCCCGUCGACAGACGGACGGAUGGAGCCUCUUCAAAGGCAGCAAGAACGUGCCUAUGUUGGUUUACAAGCGAACACUGUCGAUCGGUCUUCCAUGUCGACGAUGGCAUCAGGAACAUCAACCCGUGCCGACUCAAUUCUAGAGUCGUUUACAUUCGUCCCACCAUCGCCCAUUUCGAAUCGUCCUUUGCGUACGCCGCCCCGCUCCCCUCUGGGACAAAACGCUUUCAACGAUAGCCAACCCAGCGGCUCAGCACCGGUUCGCGAUGGGGUGGACAACCGAGCAGACUCUCCGUUAGUGCCUCCUAACCGUCGGCAGUUGGGACUAUCUACUGGAUCCCAGAUGUCAGCCAUGUCCACUGGCCUCGGUUCAUUCCCGUUCCAAAUUGAUUCUGGUAACAACCUACAAGAUGAGGCACCGAGAAUGAGUAGCGAAGCUUCUCCGUCCGUUGCCGGGAGACAGCGUGCUAGUCUCGAUACCCUUGCUUUGACUAGCGACCUCUCCUCUUACCCCUUAGGAUUCGACAGGCACUCGGAAGAGGGUUUCCCGUUCUCCACAAAGGGUUGAAGUCCACAUACAUCAGUCACGAUCUUGCUAUGACCGAUGCAAUGUAUCCCAAAUAGACUCUUCUUUACUGUGGUUUCCAUUCGCUCUCUGCUUCGUCCUCGACCGGACGCGAGGCCUCUCUGUACUGCCGUAGUUUGUAUCUUUUGACGUCCUCCCACCUCCACAACACCUUUUUGUCCGUUGACCGGGUUCUGUAGAAUGGAUUGACGAACGCUCCCUUCGUCUCUUUCGCGUCGGACCCCAGGCGUCUUAUUCGUCUCUUUUUAUUUUCCCCUCCCCGGUAUCAGUUCCUUGUCUCUCUGGUUAUCAUUCUUCUUGACAGAGCGGUUGUGCUGCGAGAGUAUCGUGCUUUUGGUUUUAUGAUUUAAAUUAGUAUUUAUUGCGGUCGCAAUGCAAUCGGGCAUUUGUUGGCCUAAUACUAUUCAAAAAAUGCAAACCGGCCCGUUGCUCAUG